CAACAAUUACAAAAUCAAAUCAUAUUAUAAAAUCUAAAUUGUAAAAUGUAAAUUAAGCACAUGAAUUAUGAAAUAAAUUUAAAUGGAAGCCUCAGAAAAAAGACCACAAUUUGGAAAUAGAUUGCUGGAAAAUGUGGACGAAGUCUUCAAACAUAACGCUUGGGACAAUGUUGAAUGGGAUGCAGAGCAAGAAAAGGCAGCUGCAGAUAAAGUCCAACAGAAUUCUGUAGUUACAUUCUCAGAGGAGUGCUUGAAGGAUUUAGAAGAAAAUGCUGACAAGCAUUGGGAUGCAUUUUAUAAUAUUCAUCAGAACAGAUUUUUCAAAGAUCGCCACUGGCUUUUCACGGAGUUUCCUGAACUGGCCCCUGACAAUAACUCUGCACCUGUAAGAGUAUUUCCUCAAAGUGACCUACAAAAUAAUGAAGUUAAUGAAGAAAAUAGUACAAAUGCAGAUAUCUGUCAUAGUGAACCAAGUAAUCAAUUAUGUAAUGAAAAAAAUGAUGGACAGAGUACACAUAAAGAUAGUAAACAAAGUAAUACAAAACGCCUAAUCUUUGAAAUUGGUUGUGGUGUAGGCAACACAAUUUUCCCAAUAUUACAAUACAGUCAAGAUCCUAACUUAUUCAUCUACGGUUGUGAUUUCUCAUCAACAGCAAUAGAAAUUAUGAAACAAAAUGAGUUGUAUGAUACCAAAAGAUGUGAAGUCUUUGUUUUGGAUGCAACUUGUAAUGAAUGGAUAGUUCCGUUCAAAGAGAAUUCAUUGGAUGUAAUUGUUCUUAUUUUUGUUUUAUCAGCUAUAGACCCAGCAAAGAUGUCAACUGUCAUAAACCACAUUAAUACAUAUUUGAAGCCUGGAGGUUUAGUUGUAUUCCGAGACUACGGGAGAUAUGACUUAGCCCAGCUAAGAUUCAAGAAGGGCCGUUGCAUAUCAGAAAGCUUUUACGCGCGUGGAGAUAACACAAUGGUGUACUUUUUCACACAGGAAGAAAUUUCGAAGCUCUUCAAAGAUGCUGGAUUUAUUGAAGAACAAAACUUAAUUGAUAGAAGACUUCAAGUAAAUAGAGGCAAAAUGUUAACCAUGUAUCGAGUGUGGAUACAAGCGAAAUAUCGAAAACCGUUAUAACAUUGGGUAUUUAUUUCAUAUACUAUUUUAUACAUAAUUAUAACUAUAAGACAUAAUAUUAUGAUUUUUGAAAGGAUUAAAUUGCAUUUUAUAAUUUAUAGAAGUA